AUGGCACGUCAACGCCACCUCCUCCUCCGCUUCUUUUGCCUCCUCUUCCUUAUGAUCUCUUUCUCCAUAGCGGUUGACGACGACGAUGCCGCCAUCAUGACUAAGCUUUUGAAGUCCAUUUUGAAUCCCCCAUCUACUUGGGGAGCCGAUAAACACUUCUGUGAUUGGGAAGGAAUCAGCUGUGACAACUCAUCAUCCAAUCGUCGUGUUACCUCCAUCAAACUUUUUACAAAAUCAUUCAGCGGAACCCUCCCAUCCGACCUUAACAAGCUCUCACGCCUCGAAACUCUUGAAGUUCGACAUACCUAUAUUACUGGACCGCUGCCUACAUUAGCUAACCUCACUCUUCUCCGACAAGUAGCCUUUGUAAGAAACAACUUCACUUCAAUCCCUCAAGAUUUCUUCUCCGGACUUAUCAGUCUCCAAAAUUUUACCAUCUCUUACCCAUCCAAUCUUGCUCCAUGGGUUCUCCCUGAAAACAUCGCUGGAUGUACUAGCUUACGUUUAUUCGAUGCCAGGUGGGCAUCGGUCGCGGGUUCCAUUCCCGAAUCUUUCAGCAGCUUACCCAAUCUGCAGGAUCUCAAUUUGUCUUUCAAUAACCUCACCGGAAGCCUGCCCUCUCGCUUCAACAACCUCUCCAGUCUCGAAAUGCUUAACCUUGCAAGAAACACACUCUCAGGUCCCUUGCCUACUUUUUCUAACCUCACUCUCCUCCGGCAAGUAUUCAUCCGUAACAAUAACUUCACCGGUUCUAUUCCAGACAAUAUCGACCAUCUCUCUAAUUUGAUGGAACUUGAUUUGACUGACAACCACCUCAAUGGAAGCCUCCCCUCGCAACUCAACAACCUUUCCAGUCUCACUUAUAUUUUUCUUAGUAACAACUCAUUCUCUGGCGCCUUGCCCACUCUGUCUGACCUCAGUUCACUCGUAUCACUAUACCUAGACAAUAACAAGUUCACUUCAAUCCCCCCGAAUUUCAUUUCCGGUCUCACUUAUAGCCUCACAUACUUUCGCAUCUCUAACAACUCAUAUCUAGAGCCAUGGGCUCUCCCAAACUACUUUGGCGAUAUUAAUCAAUUAGAGUCAUUUGAAGCCGCUAAUGCUAGCAUAAUAGGUUCCAUUCCAGACUAUAAUAACGGUAGUAGCAUUUUAAAGACAAUCCAUUUGUCCUACAAUAAUCUCACAGGAACCAUACCUGCAUCUUUUGCCAUGUCGUCAAUUAGCGAUCUUCGGCUUGACAAUCAGCUUCAAGGCCUUUCUGGUACGCUUGAUGUAAUCUCUUCAAUGUAUCAACUUAAGCACGUUCAGUUAGAAGCUAAUGAUUUCAGUGGUCCUAUUCCUCAGAACUUGACACGUUUGCCAUAUCUUCAACUACUUGAUGUGUCAAACAAUAAUAUUUCUGGAUAUGUACCUCCAUUCGAAAAAACGGUGUGGUUCUUAUAUAACAAUACAUCAAUACGUAAACAAAGUUCUAGCAGAAAUAAUGGUUCAUUACGUGUGGUUAUUGGUAGUGUAAUAGUUAGUGUUUUUGCUUUAGCUGGGAUUGUGUUGCUCGUGUCCUACAAGUAUUAUGGAGUUUCUAGAAAAUCAAGCAUUCAAAUUAUCGGAAGUCAUGGUGAAAUACCUAUUUCCGAUAAUGACAAUUUAAUGAUUUCCAUGCAACUACUUGAGCUAGUCACCGAUAAUUUUAGUGAUAACAAUGUGUUGGGAAGAGGUGGAUUUGGUACGGUUUACAAAGGUGAGUUACUUGACGGAACUAAGAUUGCAGUCAAAAAGAUGAAAUCUGAUGUGAACGAAACAAAAGGGAUUAAAGAGUUCCAAGCAGAAAUUGGGGUACUAACAAAAGUAAGACAUAGACAUCUCGUCGCUCUUCUUGGGUAUUGCAUUAAUGAUAAAGAGAGGCUUCUGGUGUAUGAAUACAUGUCGCUAGGUACUUUAAGUCAGCAUUUGUUUAAGUGGAAAGAACAUAAAAGUCAACCUCUUAGCUGGAAUCAAAGGGUUUCAAUUGCUUUAGAUGUGGGAAGAGGGGUUGAGUAUAUGCAUAAUUUAGCACAACAGAGCUUCAUUCAUCGUGACUUAAAGCCUGCUAAUAUUCUUCUUGAUGAUAACUUGAGAGCAAAGGUUGCAGAUUUCGGUUUGGUUAAGAAUGCACCCGAUGGAAAGUGCUCAAUAGAGACAAGAUUGGCAGGGACUUUCGGUUAUUUGGCCCCAGAAUAUGCUAUUACCGGGAGGCUGACAACAAAAGUGGAUGUUUAUGCCUUUGGAGUAAUCUUGAUGCAAUUGAUUACUGGCCGCAAAGCAUUAGAUGGAAGUAUGUCUGAUGAGAGAUAUCAGUUGGUUACAUGGUUCCGAAGGGUCCCUGUCUACAAAGAAAACAUGGUGAAAUUCAUUGAUCAAGUUCUUGAGACUUAUGACAGUGAAACCCUUCAAAGUAUCUUGAAGGUGGCUGAGUUAGCACACUACUGCACUUCACCCGAACCAUUUCAGAGACCUAACAUGGGUUAUGUAGUGGGUAUUUUGGCUCAACUUGUAGAAGAAUGGAAUCCCUCUCGACACAAAGAAGAUAUAACUUAUGGCCACAAGUACCAUAUGAGCCUUCCAGAAAUGUUGCAAGACGAUGAGGAUACCUCAAAAAUGCUCAACCUCUUUCGGUUAAGCUCGUUUUAA